UACCCGACACAUUUUUUUUUUAUUAUUAGUUUUUCAUAUGUGGUAUUCCAAAGAAUAUGAUCCUAUACAAGUGGGUUCUAUUGACGGUACAGAUAUUCAUCCGCAUGAUGCUGCUAUUGCUAGAGCCACUCGUUCCACCUAUAGACCACCCAAGCAUUUAAAGACCGAUUUCAAUUGCACUCUUUUUAUCAGUCGAUUGAAUUUCGAUACAACAGAGCUAACUCUCAAGCCCUUCUUUGAAAAGUACGGUACUGUAACCACGGUCGAACUUAUCCGUAAUAAUGUAACUGGUUUAUCACAAGGCUAUGCAUUCAUCACUUUUGCAGAUACAGCAUCAUGUCGUGAAGCCUACAAAUACGCACACGAAACUGUUUUAGAUGACCACGUAAUUCUUGUAGACUAUGAAAGGAGCCGUACUAUGCGUAAUUGGAUACCCAGGAGACUGGGUGGUGGGUAUGGUGGAAAGAAAGAAAGUGGUCAAUUAAGAUUUGGUGCCAGAGAUAGACCCUUUCGAGAUCCAUAUGGGAAACUUCGGAUUGAUUAUGAUCAGAAGCGGUCUGACAAUUGGAGAACCACAACAGAUGGCUCAAAUGAACAUCGUGGAGACAGCAAAAAUUGUAAAGAAAGAGAUAAUGAACAUCACAUAGGUAAAGACAGUGAACGUCACAGAGAGGUUAGACCAAGUGAGCAUCGCAGAGAAAGAUCAAGUGAACGUCGCAGAGAAAGAUCAAGCGAGAGACGCAGAGAAAGAUCAAGUGAGCGUCGCAGAGAAAGAUCAAGUGAGCGUCGCAGAGAAAGAUCAAGUGAGCGCAGCAGAGAGGGACCAAGUAAAAGAUCAAGUGAGCAUAGACGACAGAGCGACCGAGGAUCUCCCGAACAUAAAAAGAAACGCACUGAUCGUUAUCGUUAAAACUCCACAAAUGACAGAAAAGAAACUAAUGAAACCUUUAAUAAUAAAAAGAACAGCAUCAAAACAACAAGGGCAUCAUGCCCGAACAAGAAGACUUUAAAGAGGCAGAUG